UGCCUAUGUUCAGUCAUGGCAGAAUCCGAGUACACGAAGUACAAGGAUCCUAAGCAGCCCAUGAAUGCUCGGAUCCGGGACCUCAUGAAUCGAAUGACUCUAGCAGAGAAGGUCGGUCAGAUGACACAGAUUGAUCGCGUCAAUGCUACACCCGGAAUAAUGAAGGAUUACUCAAUUGGCAGUGUCCUAAGUGGUGGAGGAAGUGUGCCACUUCCUAAGGCCACUGCAGAGGACUGGGUUAACAUGGUCAAUGAGUACCAGAAUGGUUCACUCUCUAGCAGACUUAGUAUUCCGAUGAUUUACGGAAUUGAUGCAGUUCAUGGACACAACAAUGUCUAUAAGGCUACCAUCUUCCCCCACAACGUUGGCCUUGGAGCCACCAGGGACAGUGACCUUGUGAAGAGGAUUGGUGCCGCGACUGCCCUUGAAGCUAGGGCUACCGGAAUUCCUUACGUUUUUGCUCCUUGUAUCGCGGUAUGCAGAGAUCCAAGAUGGGGACGAUGCUACGAAAGUUACAGCGAGGAUCACAAAAUAGUGCAAGAAAUGACAGAAAUCAUACCUGGGCUACAAGGGGAAAUCCCGGCUGACAUAUCAAAGGGUGUUCCAUAUGUUGGUGGGAAGGAUAAGGUAGCUGCUUGUGCAAAACAUUUUGUGGGUGAUGGUGGUACAACAAAGGGAAUCAAUGAAAAUGACACUGUGACUGAUCUUCAUGGACUGCUUAGCAUCCACAUGCCUGCUUACUACAACUCAAUCAUCAAGGGCGUGUCGACGGUUAUGGUGUCAUAUUCGAGCUGGAAUGGCCAGAAAAUGCAUGCUAAUAGCGAUAUGAUCACCGGGUUCCUUAAGGACCACCUAAAAUUCAGAGGUUUUGUCAUCUCUGAUUGGCAAGGUAUUGACAGAAUCACCUCACCGGAACACGCAAACUACACAUACUCGGUUCAAGCUGGAAUUGAAGCUGGUAUUGACAUGAUUAUGGUUCCUUACGACCACACCGAAUUCAUUGAUACUCUAACCUCAUUAGUCAAGAGCAAUGCCAUCCCAAUGAGUCGUAUCGAUGAUGCUGUUAGGAGGAUUUUGAGAGUCAAGUUCAGCAUGGGACUUUUUGAGAAUCCCUUGGCAGAUCUUAGCCUGGUUGAUCAACUUGGAAGUCAGGCUCAUAGGGACUUGGCUAGGGAAGCAAUGAGGAAGUCACUUGUUCUGUUGAAGAAUGGGAAGAAUGCAGACAACCCUUUGCUGCCUCUCCCCAAAAACACAUCAAGGAUCCUAGUUGCCGGAAGUCAUGCCAACAAUUUGGGCUAUCAAUGCGGUGGUUGGACAGUUGCUUGGCAGGGAGUCAGCGGCAACAACCACACAAGCGGAACCACCAUUCUAAACGGCAUUUCUGCUGCUGUCGAUCCAAGCACGGAGGUUUUCUACAGCGAGAACCCCGGCUCCGACUUUGUCAAGUCCAACAACUUCUCCUACGCCAUUGUUGUAGUGGGAGAGUCACCAUAUGCUGAAACUGCAGGAGACAAUUUGAACUUGACAAUUCCUGACCAUGGUCUAAGCACAAUCAGUAAUGUGUGUGGAAGUGUGAAGUGUGUCGUUGUGCUCAUCUCCGGGAGGCCUCUUGUGGUCGAGCCUUACCUUUCGUCAAUGGAUGCUCUGGUGGCUGCGUGGCUGCCUGGAACUGAAGGCCAAGGCGUGGCUGAUGCCCUCUUCGGGGACUACGGAUUCACUGGAAAACUUUCUAGAACGUGGUUCAAGACUGUAGAUCAGUUGCCAAUGAAUGUAGGGGAUGAUCACUAUGACCCACUCUUUCCCUUUGGUUUUGGACUCACAACUGAGCCAAUUGUGGCAAGUUAGA